AUGCCUUGCAGUCUACGGCUUUUUGCAACGGUAUCAAGGAAUCUUUUCCAGAGCAGACACAUUGAUUACCUGCAUACUGCUUUGUUUGGCCAAAGAGGUACCAAGAUCUCGCAUUCUCCAUUUGCUGCUCUGUCGUCCACCAAUGCACCAAUUCUCGAUGCUAUCGCAAGAGAUACGCCUCAACCUGCUAGUGAACUCAUGAUGGUGGCUCGAGGUUUGUACAAAACAAAUCUCGAAAACAUGUGGGCAAGUAAUAAGAUAUUUAACAAAUCACUGAACAAGCUACUGGAGAUUCUUCUUCGCGCGCAUCUCGCCCCAAAACGAGAGUCGCAUUACUGGGAGCUUCAACAGACCAAAGCAAAGAAGCAACCCAAGCAAGUUGUCAAGUCGAUCAGAAAUUCGUUUCACAACGCCAUCCGAUCAGAGAAGUACAAACUGCAAAGAUAUCAAAGAAAGGCAUAG